AUGCUAAUGCUUGCCAACGCAUUCUUGCACCCUCCCAGGCCGACGCUCAAGCCACACGCCAUCGAUGCUGCGAGAAGACGAGUGAGCCUGACGGCUGCACCGAACAGCAACGAAAUCGACGUGCAGCGAACGCUCGCGACGCUCAUCGCCGCGCAAGUGAUUCUUUUUGUUGGCGUCGGCGCGGUCAUCCCGGUGGUCGCCAUCUACGGCCGCGAGACGCUGGGGCUAUCGGCGGCCGCGAGCGGCGUCGUCGUCUCCGCACCGGCCCUCGCGCUGCUGCUCGGCGCUAAAAUUGGAGGCGCCUACGCGGACAAGGCGCGAAAGCCGGCACUUAUUGGAGGCAUGCUGUUCAUCGCGCUCAGCGACGCCGGCACCGCGCUCGCGUCGUCGCUGGCGCCUUUGGUGAUUGCGCGACUCGGCCUCGGCGCCGGCCGCUGCGUCUCGGAAUCGGCCGAGCGGGGCCUCCUCGCGGAUCUUGGAAAUGUCGCGCCGGACCUCCGCGGCCGCGCGAUCGCGGCGAACCAGGCGGCCGCCGCGGCGGGCAUCGCCCUGGGCGCGCCGCUCGGCGGCCUUUUAUCAGAAACCUACGGACCGCGGGCCUGCUUCCUGGCGGUGACGGGCGCCGCGCUCGUCACGGCUUGUUGUUAUACGCUGCUGCCCGAGACGGCGACCGCCGCCCGCAUUGAUGAUGACGACAGCGUCGACUGGCUCCUGCUCCUGAAAGAUGGAAGAUGGCGCGGCCUCACGGCGGCGGAGGUUUGUUCGCGGUUUGGCUUCGCGGCGAAGAUCGCCAGCGUGCCCCUGGUGGCCGCGCAGGUGCUGCCCGGCGGGGCAGCCGGCGCGGGAGCGCUCGUGUCGCUGGCGGGGAUUGGUGGCUUGGUCGGGGCGCCGGUGGGGGGCUUUGGCGUCGACCGCGUCGGCGCGCGGGCGACGGCUGUUGUUUCGGGGCUGGUGGGCGGCACCGCGUUGAGCGCGGUCCCUGCGGCGCUAUCAAUAGAGGAUCCGGCAGUGCCUUUCUCCGCACUCAUCAUCCUCUGGUCUACGGCCGUCGCCGCCCAAGCCCCGGCGCUCCAGGCUCUGGCGCAACGCCUCGCGCCGCCGGGCGGCGAGGCCGAGGCGCUGGCUUUGCCGCGCGCGGCCGGCGACGGCGUCUACAUCGUCGUGCCGUAUCUGCUAGGGCUCGUCGUCGACGCGGGCGCGCCGCGGGGCGCCGACGUAGCCCUCGCUGGUGUCGCCGGCGUCCUGGGCGCGGUGGCGGUUUUCGUGGCGCUGCCGUCGUCGCCGCGCGACGAAGAGAAAGUCGGAUAG